UAAAACGCAACACGUAUGCUAGCGUCUACCGUUCGCUUCAAUGGCCGACCAGACUGAAGCGCCACCGCCGGGUCAGAAUCCCGUAGAUCACGAUGAUCAGACGGCGGACGACGAUCCGUCCUCGACGGUCCUCGAUCUCACCAGCUUCCAGCUCCACGACCUCGACUCGGUCGAGUUACCGCCGAGUCUAACAGAGUUAGACCUGACGGCGAACCGCCUCACCGGUUUGGACCCUCGGAUUGCGACCCUCUCCAACCUCAAAAAGCUCUCUCUCCGUCAGAACCUCAUCGAAGACGCCGCCGUCGAACCGAUCUCCGGCUGGGACGCCCUCUCCGGUCUCGAGGAGUUGGUGCUGAGGGAUAAUAAGCUCGGGAAAAUACCUGAUGUCAGCAUAUUCACGAAGCUUCUGGUUUUCGACGUUUCGUUCAACGAGAUUACAUUGUUACAUGGAUUGGCCAAGGUCACCAGUACCCUCAAGGAGCUGUACGUGUCUAAAAAUGAAGUCACCAAGAUUGAAGAAAUUGAGCACCUCCACGAGCUUCUGAUUCUCGAGCUCGGUUCGAAUCGAUUGCGGGUGAUGGAGAAUUUGCAGACCUUGACAAAAUUGCAGGAGCUGUGGCUGGGGCGGAAUCGGAUUAAGGUGGUGAAUUUGUGUGGGUUGAAAUGCAUCAAGAAGCUGAGCUUGCAAAGCAAUCGGUUAACUUCAAUGACGGGAUUUGAGGAGUGCGUUGCUCUAGAGGAGUUGUACUUGAGCCAUAAUGGUAUUUCAAAAAUGGAAGGCCUCUCAACAUUAGUCAACCUACGUGUCCUGGAUGUAUCGAAUAAUAAGCUAACAUCGGUGGAGGGUAUAGAAAGCCUAACAAUGUUAGAAGAUCUAUGGCUUAAUGACAACAGCAUAGAGUCACUUGAAGGCUUUGCCGAGGUUCUUGCUGGUUCAAGAGAGAAGCUCACUACCAUCUAUCUCGAAAAAAACCCAUGUGCAAAGUCUCCAAACUAUGCUACUACCUUGAGACAAAUCUUCCCAAAUAUCGAGCAAAUUGAUUCUCAUAUGUUUGCAUAAAAGCAUUCAUGGCUUCAGCUCUCUCAGCAUAAUUUUCAUGGAGCGCCACCGCAAAUACAAAAUUACAAUGUAGGUAAACUGUUGCUCGGAAGGCUACUUCCGGAGCGCCAGAGUGCCGAAUUUGAAAAGAGACUCCGCAAAAUAGCGAUAGAUUUCUAUAUCAUGGAUGGCUCAAGAACUCACUCGAAAGUUGUUUAAAACGAAUUUUCCGUAUUGUUUUCUGAAGUUAUUUAAACCACCCUCCUCUUACUUCUUUUCCUUUUAAUCCUUCUAAUUUAUGUGUGUAAUGUUGAAUCUAUCAUUUAUCAAUCCUUAGUACAUGACUUUUUGAUUGCAUCA